GUUGCACGUGUUAAGCCGCAUGACCACGUGCUCUGGAGUUUAAACCGCUGUGAAAGGCCCGCCCCUUUCCCGCAUAUCAAAGCAACCGCGAUGAGCAUAUUAGCAACGGUCGGUGGGGGGGAUGCAAAGCAUGCAGGGCAUGCUGCCGAGCGCAACAUACAUUUUGGGGGUGUGCGUGCUUAUUUUGGGGAGAGUGCGCAUUUGAUGGUGUGUGUGCGUGUGCGUGUUAUUAUUGAACCAAAAUCGCGACAUCGCGGCGCCAUCAGUCUGACAUUCAGUGUGCGCUUGUGUUGGGAGGAAACGGAACGCACAGCACCAGAGGAGAUCCCCGAACGCCAGAGCAGUGCAGAAGCUAUGUGGGGCGGUAGUGAGCCACCGCCGCUGUAUCCGUCCUACGGCUACAACGACUGCUACAACUGGAGCGGUGCCCGGUGGGUACUGGCAGCGGAAGGUGUCGUACCGCCGGAAGCGGUCGUCGCUGGCUACGAGGGCGAAACGACCUACAUCGGAAGGGCCAAGCAUCGGAAAGCGAUUGUCCCGGGGCGGGUGAUACCAUCGAAGAAGGCCUGUCUGAUCGUGUCCGAGGGGUUGGAGCACGCCGUCCACGACUAUCAGGUGCUGUGCGGGUACGACGGGCGGUUCGUGCAGACGAGCGGCGGGUACUGCCCGAUAGGGUCCCUGCAGGGUGGAGUGACCAAGCGCGGCAAACCGAUAUUCAUCGGGUUGGUGCGGAUGGGGCUGGUGACGGUGGUCGGGAGCAUAGUGCCGGACGAGUUUUGCUGCCAGGCCGUAGUUAAUGGAAUACUGAGAAGAUUCAACGAUUACGAAAUUUUCGUGUCCAAAGCGGAGUAUAAGGGUGCCUUUGAUGAGUCUUAAAAAACAAGGGA